AUGGCAAAAAACACUAUAGAAAAAGAUGUGCCAAGUUCUUCGCUUGCGAGCAGGCAGCCAUUUAGGGAAAAGUGUCGGGUCGGCCUUCUCCCGUGCACACUUUGUUUUUGCUGCGGAAGAGGGCAGCUGUCGGUUGGCAAUGAGGCUGUUUCGGAUGUCAAAUCAGUGUUUAUGGGCUUUAAAUAUAUAGAAGGUGUUCAGCACAUGGUAGUAAAUGAGCAGACAUUAAAGAGCGCAUACAUCUACAAAGAGGAGGCGCUAAGCACCGAGUACUGCACGUGCGACCUGCCGAAGAGCGUGCUGGCUCCGAUCGGAACACUCUUUAGCCUGGAAAACUCGUUUUCCCAGCCAAAGAAGAUAGUGCCCAUGCCUGUGCUGCAUUUGGCCCCGAAGUUCCCGGUGUAUUCGCCGUACGCAAUUUCUGUAGAUAGCAUAAUAAGCGGGGAGGACGCCCGGACCACAUGCAUGAUAAAGAAUAUACCCAACAAGCUGAACAUACGGCAGCUUAUAGAGCUUCUCACCUCAAUAUGCUACAACUCCUUUGACUUCGUGUACCUGCGAAUGGACUUCAAAAGCAACUGCAAUAAUGGGUACGCCUUUAUUAACUUUAGGAAGCCAAAGUACAUCCCGAUCUUCCUAGACGCCAUACAAGGAAAAAGGUGGAAAAACUUCAAAAGCGAAAAAAGAGGAGACAUCGCAUAUGCCAGAAUACAGGGCCUCCACAUGCUGCAGAGUAGGUUCCGGAGAAGCGACAUUUUGGCGGCCGGGAAGGAGUUUUGGCCUGUUAUAUUCAAUAAGAAGGGGGACGAAAUACUCGCGUCCGAGUGGAGGCUGCACAGCUGA